GAGUGUUGUUUUGAAGGGAUUUAGUGACACCUUGUGUACAAACAGGGAACUGCACUCUUUGUUCCGCUGAACAGACGGGGGGCGAAGUUGACUCGUGCUUGCAGAAACCUUGGACGUUAUGAUCUAGAAAUGGCAGCGCAGGAGGAAUUCUUCACUGGCAUUACCAAGAUCCCAUACCUACCCAGUGCUGGUGCAGGAGAUGUCAUGUGCUUCAAACACUACCAUGCAGAAGAGGUGCUGAUGGGGAGGAAGAUGGAGGACUGGCUGAGGUUCUCAGUCUGCUACUGGCACUCCUUCUGUGGAACUGGUGCUGAUCCUUUUGGAUCUCCAACCCUCCACCGGCCCUGGAGUGAAGGAACUCCAAUGGAAUCGGCCAAGAGGCGACUCCAGGCUGCUUUUGAGUUUUUCACCAAGCUUGGAGUGAAAUACUACACAUUCCAUGACAGGGAUAUGGCUCCUGAGGGCUCCAACCUGGAGGAGUCCAACAGGAAUCUGGAUGAAAUAACAGACCUGGCUCUCCACCUGCAGAACCAGACUGGAAUCAAGGUGCUGUGGGUCACCUGCAAUCUCUUUGCCCAUCAAAGGUACAUGAAUGGUGCAGCCACCAACCCUGACUGUCACGUUCUGGCCUAUGCUGGUGCUCAGGUUAAGAAGGGGCUGGACAUUGCCAAGAAGCUGGGUGCAGAAAAUUUUGUGUUUUGGGGAGGAAGGGAAGGAUUCCUUUCUAUUCAUAAUACUGAUGUUGCUGCUGAACUGAAGAACAUGGCCAGUUUUUUCAAGAUGGCUGUUAAGUACAAAGAGAAGAUUGGGUUGAAGUGUCAGUUUCUUAUCGAACCCAAGCCUAAGGAGCCCUGCAAACACCAGUAUGACUACGAUGCUAUGAGCGUUAUAGGAUUCCUUAAGCAUUAUGGUCUGGAGAAUGACUUCAAGUUGAACAUCGAGCCCAACCACACUACCCUGGCAGGACACUCAUACGAACAUGAUGUUGUCAUGGCUUCUGCGUUUGGCAUGCUGGGUUCAGUGGACUCAAACACUGGCUCUCCUGACCUCGGGUGGGACACAGACCAGUUCCCCAUGGACAUCAGGAACACCACCUUGGUCAUGAAGACCAUCGUUGAACAAGGUGGCCUGCAGCCAGGAGGCCUGAACUUUGAUGCUAAGGUGCGCAGAGAGUCCACAGACCUGGAGGACUUGUUCAUCGCUCACAUCGGAGCCAUGGACGCCUUCGCACGAGGACUGCGAAAUGCUGUUCGCAUUAUUGAAGACGGGCUCAUGGCUCGUAUGGUGAAGGAGCGAUACUCAAGCUUCAGGCAUGGCAUUGGACAGAAAGUGGAGGAUGGUUCUGCCACCUUAGAGGAAUUGGAGGCUUUCAUAAAGCAGAACGGCGAGCCGAAAGUAUCAUCGGGGAAGCAAGAAAAGUAUGAAUCCAUCUUUAAUCAUUAUAUAUAAUGAAAGCAUUGCUCUCCUGUGUCUGCACAUGGUGACGGGCCACCUUAAGUAGAAGCUGUUCUGCUGUAGUGCUGGCGUUAAAAUACUAGUGAGCACAUCAAACAUAGCGUGAGAAAACGCAGAGCACCAAAUUAAUCUCGCCGGAAUUAAGAGCUGCACUUGUUUUCAGUCAUUUCACUAAAACGUACAAAUACAGAUGCUGAACGCUGCAUGUAGAGAGCCGAAAUGUUAAAGUAUCUGUGACAGAUGAACUAGCUUCAGACUAAUUCAGUAUAAAGCUUUGGAAAUGUGCAUAUCAAUCUGUAUUUGUAGUGUUAUUGACAUAUCAUCUGGUAUUGGAUGCAACGCCUUAGCUGAUGUUCAGUAAUAAAACAUGUUAUCACUA